CAGCCAAACCGCUUUUUUUUUGAACCCCACAACAUCCCGGCUCACCAACACACCGACCCGACAAAACCAAAGAGUUCCAGACCCCUGCAAACAGCAGCCCAAGAUGCAAUGCAAGACUUUCUUCCUGCUCUUGAUUGUUAGCCCAAUCAUUGGUCUUCAAACGGUCAUCGCCAUCCCUACCUUUGGAUUACUCCAUCAUGGAGGAGGUUAUGGAGGAGGUUAUGGGCGAGGUUAUGGAGGAGGUUAUGGGCGAGGUUAUGGAUACGGUGGAGGCUAUGGCAGAGGUUAUGGUGGAGGCUAUGGCGGAGGAUAUGGAGGAGGCUACGGUGGAGGAGGAUAUGGUGGAGGCUACGGUGGAGGCUACGGUGGAGGCUACGGUGGAGGCUAUGGUGGAGGUUAUGGUGGAGGUAUUGGCCUAGGUGUUGGAAUUGGGAUAGGCGUAGGAGGAGGAAUCGGGAUCUAGAGCCCUCCCUUAUCUCUCUCUCUCUCUUUUCCUU